CUUUCAUUCCAUUUCAUUCAUGUCAUUAAUUCAAUCAAGUUUACUAUUGAGUUGAAACAAGUCAACAAAAUUCGAUGAUCAUUCAACAAUUUCUAUCAAUGUAAAAAAUGGCGGUGGCACUUGUUAGUUCGGCUCGUCAGGUGGGGAGGCUAACGAAUGCUGCUAGGAGGUUGUAUUCGGAUGUUUAUCCUAAAAUAACCACCCACUACACUAUCUAUCCCAGGGAGAAGGAUCCAAGAUGGAAAGAUAUAAGUAUGGAGCGUGUGGCAGAGGAGACAGAUAUCCUCAUAAUUGGCGGAGGCCCAGCAGGCAUGGCGGCAGCUAUCAGGGCACGGCAGAUAGCCGAGGAGAAGGGUGCCGAAGUAAGAGUAACUUUAUUGGAAAAGGCAGCUGAAGCUGGAGGGCACAUCCUCUCUGGUGCAUGCGUAGAUCCUAUAGCACUCAAUGAGCUGAUUCCCGAUUGGCAAGAGAAGGGAGCACCAAUGAACACACCAGUUACAUCCGAUAAGUUUGGAUUCCUAACAAAGAGUGGUCGGAUACCUAUUCCUGUAUUUCCUGGUUUACCUAUGUACAACCAUGGCAACUAUGUAGUAAGACUUGGGCAUUUGGUGCGGUGGCUGUCUGAGCAAGCAGAAGCAGCUGGUGCUGAGGUAUGGCCAGGCUGCGCAGGCGCCGAUUUAAUAUUCCGUGACGAUGGCUCUUUGAAGGGCGUAGCGACCGGUGACGUAGGCAUCGCAAAAGAUGGUAGCCCAAAAGAUAUGUUCGAACGGGGCAUGGAGUUCCAUUCCAAAAUCAGUAUUUUUGCUGAGGGGUGCCAUGGUCAUUUGACAAAGAUGUUAUCAAAGAGGUAUAAUCUCAGAGAGAACAGUGAACCACAAACUUAUGGUAUUGGUCUAAAAGAACUAUGGGAAGUCCCAGCUGAGAAACACCAGCCAGGUUUAGUGGAGCACACCAUCGGAUGGCCUCUCAACAAGAACACCUAUGGUGGUUCAUUUAUAUACCACCUCAAUGUUCAGGAAGGGGAAGCGCCCCUGGUGGCAGUAGGGUUCGUUGUGGGGCUCGAUUAUAGCAACCCAUAUAUCAGCCCCUUCAGGGAAUUCCAGAGAUUCAAGUUGCAUCCAUAUGUGAAGCCUAUGUUUGAAGGCGGCACACGCGUGGCGUACGGUGCGCGAGCGCUGGUUGAAGGCGGAUGGCAGUGUUUACCAAAGCCUGUGUUCCCGGGUGGGUUAUUGGUCGGCGACACGGCCGGCUUCCUCAACAUGCCCAGGAUUAAGGGCACGCACAAUGCCAUGAAGAGCGGUAUGUUAGCGGCUGAGGCGGCGAUGGAUCUUGUAUUGUCUGGGGAAGCGACCCACGAUAAGGGAGUCGUGCCAGCGUCAUAUGAAGACAAAUUGAAAGAUUCAUAUGUUUAUAAAGAAUUGAAGCAAGUACGCAACUGUCGUCCAUCGUUCCACACUAAGUUGGGCUUGUAUGGAGGUGUCGCCUAUUCCGCAUUCUCAACGUUGGUCCGUGGCAAGGAGCCGUGGACUUUCAGCCAUGGUGGUGCGGAUCAUGCCCAGCUGAAACCGGCAAAGGAGUGCACGCCAAUAGAAUACCCCAAGCCUGACGGAGUCAUCACUUUCGAUCUGCUGUCCUCGGUUGCGUUGACAGGCACAAACCACGAGGCGGAUCAGCCGCCGCACCUGACGCUACGCGACGACACCGUGCCCGUCAAGAAUAACCUAGGCGUGUACGACGGACCCGAGGCACGGUUUUGUCCGGCAGGUGUAUACGAAUUCGUGCCUUUAGAAAGUGGCGAAGGACAGAGGUUACAAAUCAACGCACAAAAUUGUAUACAUUGUAAGACGUGUGAUAUCAAGGAUCCGUCUCAGAAUAUCAACUGGGUGGUGCCGGAAGGCGGCGGCGGCCCCGCCUACAACGGAAUGUAACUGCUCACUGCCGUGAACAUUAUUCUAAACCUUAUAGUCAUGAAGUACACGAUACAGAAUCGCUCGGACGCUUCCAGACAGUUACGACUUUGUAUAACAUAAAUUAUUAUUUAUUUAUUCGGGUUACAAGUUAAUAUUUAUGGAUGUUCGGUUUUAUGACGUAGCGUCCACUUUUAUAAAUAUAAUAAUACGUUUAAAUCUACUUAACAUAUACCAAAACAAACUGUGUUACAGAAACAAUUUUGGCCUACUAAUAGUUCAUUAAUAACAUCAGUACUAGGGUUGUGAUACUAGCCUUGUUGAGUAAUAGUUUGUCUCUGUCAUUCGGUCUUAUAUCGAUUAAUAUAAUCGAUUAAAUUAAUUCGACUAUAUAUCUAAAAUGUACAUGAAUCAAUAGCAAUUUCAUACUUAGCCAAUAUUACCAUAAUUUUAUUAUUUUUCAAAACACUUCAUUUUUAAUAUAUUCUAAAGUUAUAUCAACAAAUAAUUUCAAAAUUCUUGGGAACAAAAUAAUUAAGAAAAUGUUGCUGUUUGUGUCAUAUUUGUACAGUCAUGUUGUUAUUCAAAAUAAAUACAAGUUAAAAACAGCUUUAUUACAAGAGUACAGUUUUUAACUUGUAACAUAUUUUCAUUUAUAGUAUACAUUUAAGAUAAAAUGAUUAGGAAGGCUGAUAACACAAAAACAUUUUUAUACAUGCACUGAAUCGGCUAUAAUAUGAUCUAUAAAUAUUGAAAAGAAUAAAAAAUGUAUUUAUGUAUAAGGAACGGAAGAUAUCCUUCGUACCAAUUUAUUGAGUACUUUUAGAACAUAUUUUAAUAAAGAUGUAAUUAAAAAGUUUUGUCACAAGUAUAUCAUAAUAUACUGUAAAAUAUGAAUGUCAUUGUCAAAAAUAUUAUGUCAUUGUCGAGAAUUUUCUGUCGCUUUUAAAAAUAUCAUGUCAGUGACAGAAUAUCAUGUCAUAUAAUAUAUGAUAAAAUUUCUGAUCAUAAGACCUCAUGUCUGAUUUUUUUAAAUAGGUUUUUAUUACUUGUUCCAUUUUGAACAAUUUGUUAUGUAAUCAUAAGCUGAAAAUUUUAUAUCCCAUUUAUCAUAUUUGAGAUUUGUAUACCUAAUGAGUUUAUAUAUGAAAUAGCGAAAAUAAAAAAAUUAAAACUACAAGUUAUAUACAUAUUUUUGCAUACUGCUAUUUGUACUUAUUAUGUAUUUUAUUCGAGUCAAUUUAUAUAUCAAGAAUAUAUCUCAUUUUGUAAAUAUUUUAACUUAAAUAUUUUACAACAAUCAUUAAAAAAGUCAAUGGAGGCCUAAAGUUCUAAAUGUGUGUCGCAGGCGUUGUGUUAUUUAUAUAUAUAUACUUAUCGUGUAGUUGUGAGAGUGUAUUGACACCCAGAGAUUCAGAGUUCAUUAGGUAAGUGUUAUUUUGUAUUAAAGUUUAGCCAGAAUAAAAUAUUUUUCAAUAAA